AUUGUGCCCUCUACAUAUGUUCAUAUAUUGAUGAGUAGGAUACGCUGCUUCACAGUUUUAAAAAGUUUACUUGUACGAGAUGGCAUUAACGCGUAUUUGUGUUUUGUUACUCUAUUUUAUGGUAUUGUGUGCAACAGUCUGGUCUACACAGCAACGCCAAUUUAGAAGUUUUUCAAGUUGGGACAACUUUCAUCGACAAAUCCAGCGGUAUGGAGACGAGUUGGAAGCUAUGCAACGGCGAGCUGAAGAACUAGCAACAUCUACGGGAGGUCAAAUCAAGCGGUUGUGGAAUGGAGCAGCAAACCAUUUUCAAAACGUAUUUGAUAAGUUGCAACUACCGCUUGGUGAUGGUAGGGAAGUGGAAGGCGAGUUAGACAGUGGAGUUGAUUCUAUGGGAAACCUUCCGGACCUCAGUUCCCAAUAUCCAGACUCAGGAUUAAGUAACAGACCAGUAUUUGACCCAACAGUAGUUGUAGUUGAUACCCGACAUUUUCCAACACCUGGUCUUAACACCUACCAUUGGAAAUUCCCGGAUAAUUUUAAUGCAAUGGUUAGAUUUAGAAGCAGAAACUCCUGGUGGCAAGGACCCAAUAUCUGUGAAGAAAAAGAAGAAAUUAAUGAGCAGGAAGUUAAUGUCACCACAUACGCACCAAAAGGAAAUACCACAGAAACUGUCAAAGUGGAGUAUGAACAUUUUACGAAAUGUAAAGAAACUGAAACUUCAUACAUCUGCAUUACAAGGAUCAGAACUAAGGAUGUGAACAAGACCUACAUCGUGAAGAGGCAGUGUUGUCAUGGAUUUAUGAGACUGCCAGAUGCUUCAGGAUGCUUGGAAUUGGACUUGAAAGAUAUAGUAGAAACUAUGACAGAUCUUGGAACGACACGUUUUGUAGAGCUUGCUGCAAGAAUUGGGUUGGAGCCAAAAUUACGAGAAGACAAUUUCACCAUUUUUUGUCCAUCUAAUGAGGCACUGAUAGACUAUGAAGAAGAUACUGUUAGUAACGAAAUACCCAGUGGAAGAGUCUAUAGAUCCACUGAUCUUCAAAACAUUUUGAAUGGACAUAUAACUGAAGGUUAUCUAAAAACUGGUGAUUUAGAGGAUGAAUUAGUUCUCAUGUCAGUCAGAGGAAACUCAGGAAUUCGUGUAAAUAUUUACAAUACCCCAGAAAAGAUUGUCACAGCUAACUGUGCUAGAAUUGUCAAAGCCAACAAUUAUGCCAGGAAUGGUGUUAUUCAUGUAGUGGAUACAGUACUACCCAUACCCUCUCAAACUGUGGCUGACAUUAUUAGCAGUGAUCCCCAGUUUAGUACAUUGAAACAACUUUUAAGUGAAGCUGGCUUGGUACAGACACUGAGAGAUCUAAGAGGCCAUUACACACUAUUUGCUCCAACUGAUGCUGCAUUUCUUUCUGAUGCUGUACAACCAAAACUGUUAGAACAGCUUUUGAAAGGAGAUGGCUGUGUCUCAACUAUCCUGAAGAAUCACAUACUUCCUAAUGUGCUUUGCUCUACGGCUAUUCCUCAUCAUGCUGGCACUAUUAAUCUCCUUGACAAGUAUCUUACAGUGACAAGAAAUGAAGACAAUAAGCUGUUUGUGAAUAAUAUUCAGAUAAUUGCUCGAGAUAUUGUAGGAAUUAAUGGAAUUGUUCACAUAAUAGAUGGUGUCUUGGUUCCAUCUCAGGCUGAUUCAGUUACAACAUCACUGGAGAAGAAUAAAAUGAUAGAAAUUGUUGAUUUGAUUGACACGGCAGAACUUCGGAGCAUUCUAGACAGUAUGAAGAAUGCUACUUUCUUUGUCCCCAGCAAGAAGGCUAUUCAGGCAUUACCAGAAGGCAUGAAGAAAGGUUUGAAAGAAAACCCCCAAAAAUUGAGAGAACUGUUGAUGUAUCAUGUUGCACAGCCAAUUGUUCACAGCUGUAAAUUUCACAAUAAUCAGAUGUUAAAAACAAAGAUUGAAGAUAAGGAAAUCCGCAUCAAUAUAUACUCACAGUUCACUGGUUUUGACAACAGAGUGACUGCACAGUGUGCAAGAGUAGUCAGCUAUGAUAAUGACAUUUGUGAAGGCACUAUUCAUGUUGUUGAUAAGGUGCUAAUACCUCCAAAAAAAACCAUUAUGGAUCAGUUAGAAGAGAUGGAAGGUUUUGAUAUUUUGGUUCAUUUGCUGAGGGAAACUGGAAUGGACGAGAGACUAAGAUUGGGAUAUGGACCAUUUACUCUGCUGGCUCCAAAAGAUGAAGCUUUCUCUAAAAUAUCUGAGAGUGUUCUAUCUGAUAUUUAUAAGGAAAAGGAGCAUGCUGAGAAUUUAGUAAAGCUUCAUGUCUUACCUAAGAUGAUUUGCUGUGCAGGCAUCAGCAGGCUUCCAUUUUUCCAUGCUCAAGAGGUGAGAGCCAUGGAAGGUUCCCUUCUUCCUGCUCGGAUAUCACAUAAUGGUAAAGUCAGGAUUGGGCGUGCCAUUGUGAUUGAAUGUGACAAAGUCGCUGAGAAUGGAGUGAUACAUGUAGUGGAUAGAGUCAUUCAACCUCCAUCUCCAGCUAGGCCAUUUCAUUUUGACUUUCCCAGUUCUAUGUUUGGAGUAUUCGUUUGAACACAGCUUUUAAUCGAUUAUUCAAUUCCUUAAUAAUUGUUAAAUGAUCAAGUGUUAGUAUUCAUUCACUUUCAAGGUCUUUUAGUAAUUAAUUCUGUGUGCUUGAAGCAGUUCUUUUGUUAAUAUUUAGUAUGGAAGCUUAAUAUUCUAUGCCUUGAUGUGAUUCUUAUAUUGCAAAUUCAGAUAAAAGUAAAAGACAAUUUGAGUUUUGUUAUUAUAGCACUUUUAAAUAAGAUUGCACAGAAAUAUUAAUCAGUUUAUAUCCUUGGAAGUCCUAUAAUUAUGAUAAAUUACAUAAAAUCUAAAUUUCUUAUUAUAAAGACUGAAGAAACUUGCCAGAAGAUAAAAUACUUGAUUAAAUUCAAAAUAAGGUUAAGUUCCUAAUGGCUCUUUACUCCAAUACAUAUAAAAUAUGCAUUUGACAAAAUACUUUUAAAAAAUCUUUUGAAUAAAACAUUAGAAAAGGAAUCCAUAACCCAAUAUGCUUAUGUUUUUAUACAAGUAUUUUGUUUUGUAUUCAAUCAUGUAUGUAAGUUUAGCCAGCUAUUAUAAAGACUGCAAUAUGUAGACUGUGUCA